GACGUCAGGCGGGGACGGCGCUGCCCGCGGCCCGGUGGCGGAGCGGGGCCGGCGGCGGCGGCGGCAGGAUUGCACCUUAGUGAGGAAACAGGAAGGCACAGAAGCACCAUUGGAGAGAACUGUUCCUGCAGAAGUACAAGAAUAUUUCCUUGUAAAGAAGAGUCCAGAGGAGAGAAGCAUCUACAGGGGAGAUUAAGCAGCAAUGGCAUUUGUGAAGAGUGGAUGGCUGCUCCGACAAAGUACUAUUUUACGGCGUUGGAAGAAGAACUGGUUUGACCUAUGGUCUGAUGGCCGUUUAAUAUUCUAUGAUGAUCAGAAUCGCCAUGAUAUAGAAGAUAAAAUCCACAUGCGAAUCCAUUGCAUCAACCUCAGAAUGGGGAAUGAAUGUCGAGAUUUUCAGCCUCCAGAGGGGAAGCAGAGAGACUGUUUACUGCAGAUUGUUUGCCGUGAUGGGAAGACAGUCAAUCUCUGUGCGGAGAGUGCAGAUGACUGCCUGGCAUGGAAAAUGGCUCUCCAAGAUGCCAGAACAAACACAGGCUACGUGGGAUCUGAAGUGAUGUAUGAUGAGACAGCCAUUUCCUCAGCCCCUCCUCCCUAUACAGCAUAUGCUACACCAUCACCUGAGGUUUAUGCCUAUGAUCAGUACAAUGGUGGGUAUCCUCCCACUGGUCCUCAAGUCUUCUAUGCUUCCAACGGACAAACCUAUGCUGUUCCCUAUCAAUAUCCAUACCCAGGACCUUAUGGUCAGCCCCCAGCAAACCAUGUCAUCAUUCGAGAACGUUACCGUGACAGCGAUGGAGAUCUUGCACUGGGCAUGCUUGCUGGAGCAGCGACUGGAAUGGCCCUGGGAUCACUAUUCUGGGUUUUCUAGAUUUCCCAGUUUCUUAUCUUUGUAGUUCCAAAAAUCUUUAUUUAAUUCUGUGUGCAAUAAUAUAUUGGCAAUGUUGAUUAUUGUUAAACUUUAAGAAAUGCAAUAGUUAUUUUUCAGUAGUGACAUCUUAGUAUCUGAUUCUUAACUGUCCUGAGGAGAGUUUAAAGGCACCAUUUAGCUGAAGUGCUUAAAGAUGGCAUGUGCUGCUCUUGAACUCUGUUCUGAUGUUUGGAGUUUAAAGGAUUUUUAUCAAUAAGGGAUCAAUAUUGGCACCAACAUAAUAUGGUAGCAGUGACGAGGUUUAUGAAUAGCUUUAUGUUUAUAAACACCUCAUUUUUUUUGGUCCAAAUACAAAGUUUACAGGAGCUUUGCAUUAGAGUACAUGUACUAUUGCCUUCUGAACGUUACUCCAACACGUAGCCUCAACAGAAACUCUUGGCAUUAUGUGGACUGCCAUACUUGAGAUUUUUGUUUCUAAACUUGCCUGCAGAUGGUAGCAAUUUUCUUAGAUGGAGUCCUUUAUGUAUCUCUCUCACCACCUAGGCAGAUUAGACUUUGAAAAUGUAUAAAUCAACUGCUAAGAAGAGACAGCACUCCUCACUUCUUUUAUUCUCCGAGAUAAUAUGAAUGACCAGUGGCAAGGAAGACAAAUGCUUGAUCAAUCCUUAUCCUGUUUCUCUCUUCUCUGGUCAGAUGAAAGUAAUGAAACUUUAGCCUCAUAAGUUGUCUUCCAAGUCUGUAGAAAAGACACUGCCUCCUCAGUCACUGUACCAACUGCUCUGCUGAGGAAGAGGCAGUUGUCUAGAGUUUCUGCUUAUUACUGCUGUUGCCCUACAGAGUCUGCAGGAGAACUAACUUGAACAACACUUGCCUGGCUGGGCCUGGCAGAGCCCCUUUGCAUGCAGUAAUAGUAAGGGGAGAGAGACAAACAGCAUGAGAUCUUGCACGCAGGCACUUUAAUAUCAGCUGCCUUGCCAUGGCUGGGAUAGCAUCUACUACUCAGCCUACAAGGUUUCCUACCCCAGGUUCACAUCUACAAGUAGAUUUGAGCACAGUUGAGACUGUGCUUUGUUAUAUGUGUGCUUCUCCCUCUUUCUUCCCCUCUCAUUAUUUGUUAAGAAAAACACUCCAAGGAACCUGGCUGCCUUUGCUCCUGAGUCUGGUUCCUUACACAGUGACGGCUGCGGCGCUACAGACUCUAACCUGGAGUGACACUGUUCUGUGGCCUGUAACAUUGUCCUGUUAUAAUCCAUGCUGAGCUUUGCUUGGUAGAGGAAAGAAAUGCACAUGCUUUCAUAAUUAGGUAAAGGAGAUAGGGUGCCUAAGUUGUGUUCUUUAUAGUAAGAGGACUUAUUUUUAUACCUCCACUUUCAGCUUCCUGUAAUCAUACUGUUUUAGUAUUUUAAGGCUUUUUUCUUUUUAAGUUUCAUUUAGAAGUAGAUUAAUUCCCUCAAGGUUUGGAGGGUUUACAGUAUGUCAGAAAAGAUGAAAAUAGAUGAGAACUGACAUCCAUGUACAUUUAGACCAAGCCUCAAGCAAGCUUUUUUAUCUCAACUUAAAGCUGUCUUGGCUGGGUCCUACAUAUUUAAACGAUACAGGUCUCUGACAACAGUCCGGAUAGCAACCAAGGGAAGCAGUAAGUUUUCAAGAUUCUUAGGACUAACUUGAACAAACUGAAAACAUCAAAAGGAAACAGACAGAUGUUAUCUUGGCUGCAUUACUAACUGUGGGCCCAAUCCAGGGAAUGCAAGCUGCUUUCAAGAAACUUUGGAUUGGAACCAUGUACCUAUGUGCAUGCAAGUCCUUCCACUGAUGAACAGAAGCUGCAUAUGUUCUGCUAAUGAUAUGUACUAAAAGGACUUAAUCUAUUUGUUGGAAGUUCAAAAAAGAACUAAAGCAUAAAGUCUCCUAUUGAUAAUCCAAUGAAAGGGAAUUGGCAUUCACUAAGUUUUCUUAAGAGGCUUGGUACCCUUGAGCUCAGAAAGAGAUGGUGACUGGAACUUAAAUGAGCAAACACAACUUUUUCAAGCCUUGAGAUAACCUUUAAGUUGAUUAUAGGUCUACACUGCUGUUUAGAGUAGUUCGAGCUUUGCAGUCUUAACUAGUUAUGCAGAAUGCCUCCAUCUCUUCUCCCUGUGUGAUACUUGGCUUGUAAGGGUGGGGGGAAUAAAACAAUUGAAUAUCAUUCUAAUUUCCUUUGAAUUUCAUAAUGACAGUGAAAGAACAGCACAGAAUGACUCAGCUUAUUUAUCAUAAGUUCAGAGUUUUUACAAGAGCAGUUGAUCACAGCAGGGGAGCAUGCGUCUUGUGCUUUCAGGAGGUAAGUGUGUUUGGGUCCUGAAUUUAUGAAAGGAAAGUACGUAAGAUAAAGACUGUUGAUCACAGAACAUUCCUAGGAUUAACUCAAAGCAAUAAAUGAUCCUUUCUGAAAGUUCAAAUUGGAGUAAGUCCCCAUUUAAAAAGAUAACCUUACCAAGUAGUGUAUUUCUCAGGGGAAAAAAUCACAAAGUGAAGCUGAAGAUUCCAAUUUUUCUUGAUACAAUAGGCUUCUUUUUACAAAAAUCAUGAGCUACUUUUUUAUCCUAGUAGCAUAGCCAUUUAACAGCCAGAAGGUAAAUGUACAAAACUGCACAAAAUCAAAUUGGCAAUUUUCUUAUUGCAGGUCCUCAUAGCCUUUCUGAUCUCAGUGCAAAAAUAAAAGUGGAGAUGUCUUGCUGCAGAAAGCAGGAGCACUGGGAUAACCGCUUGAACUCCCUGGUAGCUAAAGCUCAUAGAUGCGCUUCCUGAAGACACUGUUCUACUUCCUGUUCCUCAGGAAGAGUGGUGGUUUGGUCUUAUCUGUAAUAAUAUCUAACUAGAUGCACAGUAAUGACUCAAUAGCCCUCAUCUGUCCAGAUCAGCUCUUGUUACACGUGCAGUUUUGUGGAUGCUGGUGUCAGCUGAAGGAGCAGGGCCAGAGGGGAUGUCAGGGCUUGCCUGAUUUACAGAUGUCCUUGUGAUGGGAAGAGGCAGAGUUCUUGCUAAUACUUAGAGAGACUGAUAGCAGAUUUGGCAAGAUCAUUUCAAAGCUGAUUGAGUGUAUAGUCCUAAACAGAUGUUUGCCUCCAAAUGAUUAUAUUCAUGAUGCUGGCAUUCCAGUUACACCUGUAUAGCACCCAAAACACAUGAUUUUACAACGUCAGGCACAAUACUUGUGCUCCCUAAAGCUACUGGAAGUCCACAGCUAUUACAUUACUUUUUGCAGUGCAUGCUAUCAGUUAAGAAUGACAAAAUUUGUCGUGUAGCAGCUACAGUCUGUUCAUUGUUGAACGACUUUGUUAAACGGCAGUGCUUACAGAGUUCAUGAGUCUAUGCAUUCACAUGUGACUAGUUAAUUCCGAGUUCUCUCUUACGGACAGCUGGACAAAGCUAGGCUUCCAGAGGGUGGUAUGGAAAUUCUUCAUCUUCUGGAAAGCCAGACUAUGCUAAAAGGGUCAACCAAGGCCUUCUCAGAUACUUAGUUACAUAUGAAAACACAGCUACCUAAAGGUGAGGCCGGGGGAGGGCUGGGGAGUGAGCCUCUUCUAGUGAGUGGGCAGAGGCUUAUGAACUUGGGAGGUGGGGAUGGCAAGUGUUUGUGGACACAGCAACUAUACUGACUUCUGGCAAAGAUGUGCUGAAGCACAUUCUGAGCUGUGCCUAAGUAUCUGCCCUAAGUAUUAUGCAAAACAGGCUUCUUUUUUUUUUCUUGAAUGGAGACUGAACAGUUGAUUUAACCAGCUAGGCAAGCUGAACAAAGGAGAAAGAAUUCACAGCUAUGUUCCUCAAAUGUCUGUCUGUGUCUUUUCCUCCUCAUGAUAUGCCUAAGUAGACAUUAGAUAACAUGCCUAAAUCAUGGAGGGUAGCAUGCAAUAAAUGCUUUUGUUUUUAGAUACUUCAUGUUCUGUGUUCUUCUCAUGCACUCCCUAUCCAAGCUGCUGUUUUUGCUAUAUAUUGUUAUUAAUUUAUAGCAAAAUAUCCUUAGCAAUAAAAUUCAUAUUUAAGUGCAAA